AUGACUUUUGUAAAAAAUUUGCUAAUUUUUGCAAUUUUUUGCAUCCUACAACAUUUUACUUGUUCAACCGAAAUAUCAGAGGACAAACGAAUUCAUCGAGUUAAACGUCAAUGUGGAUGUUGUUCAUGCUAUGGUUCUGGAACAUCUUCAUGUCCAUGUUCAUCAUCAUGUUCAUGUAUUCCUGGUGCUAAUAAUUAUGCAACCGGUUAUAAUGAUAUGGGAUACGGUAGUAAUGGUAUAAAUGUUAAUGCUGGAUAUGGUAAUUAUGGUUAUGAUUAUCUUUUUAAUCAAGGAUAUCCAUAUACCUCUGACAAACGAAUUCAUCGAGUUAAACGUCAAUGUGGAUGUUGUUCAUGCUAUGGUUCUGGAACAUCUUCAUGUCCAUGUUCAUCAUCAUGUUCAUGUAUUCCUGGUGCUAAUAAUUAUGCAACCGGUUAUAAUGAUAUGGGAUACGGUAGUAAUGGUAUAAAUGUUAAUGCUGGAUAUGGUAAUUAUGGUUAUGAUUAUCUUUUUAAUCAAGGAUAUCCAUAUACCUCUUAUGGCCAAUACAAUGCAAAUGGUUAUGGUAUUAAUUACAAUAUAGGAAAUGGAUGUGGCUUAAAAGGAACAGCAUCAUCAACAGCUUGUGGUAUGAGCAAUAUAUUUCCAUACAAUUUUGGUACUAGUUAUGGUAAUAAUUUUGGUACCGGUGAUACCGGAUACGUUUAUCCACAAAUGACCGGUUGUUCAACAGCAUUUAAUACUCGUUGCUAUUGUGGAACUGGUUAUUCGCCAUGUAAUAAUGGUGCAUUAUGUUGCAAGAAUAGUCUGAUAUAA